AUGGUGAACGAGAAGCUUAUUCUAUUUGGUGUCAAUUCCUUGAUCAGCGCACCGCUUGAACCAAUUAAAUCCAUUCAAGAUCUUCGUAAUGCGGAACACUUCUUGAAUGUGAUCAGUCAAAUCGAAGCACAAAAAUUUGCAGAAUCACGUGUUGAGAUUCCAUCAGCUGAUGAAACUGUUCAUGAUAAAUUCAAAUUCAUCCUUGACUAUCUCUCGAAACAAUCAACAUCGUCUAUCACGGAAUGGAAUAUCAAUGACUUAACACGAGGCAAUGAUACUCUUCUUUCCAAAACCGCGUUAUUGGUUGUAUUUGCUGCACAUGCUGAUACGUACUUCUAUUCGAAAUCAUUGGAAACUGAUGAAGCUCAACAUGAACAACUAGCAGCACUUUUCGAUUUGCAUAUGAUUGAAGCUACACAAAAUAAUCCAUAUCAAUUAAAUAUUGACGCUUGCUUAAAAGAUGAUUCGACCGGUGGACAACCUAAGCAAACGACACCGGUUAUUAGAAAACGUCGGAAUACGCAGAUUUGCAAUUUAAAUGACUCAUUGAACAAUCCGAAUCGUUCGUCAAUUCUUGAUCGAAGCUUCACUCGUUCCCCUGGUCAAUCAUAUGCGGCAGCCACUGCAGCUGCGCAACAAGCACGCGCACUUCAAGAGGAUCUUUUCAAAGUGCAAUACGAACUCGAUGAUCUUCAACAUAAAUACGGUGGUUUGGAAAAAAGUUAUAAUGAUCUCAAGGAAAAGAAUCGUGAACUGUCCGAAAAAGUUCUUCGACAAGCAGAUUAUGAUACUAUCAAGGAUGAACGAAACAAACUUCGCGAAGAUCUUCAUCGCUAUGAAAUCGAUAAUAAACGUCUCCAUGGAGUGAAAGAAAACGUAGCAGAUUUACAGCAACGUCUUCAGCAAUAUCAAAAGAAAAACGAUGAAAUGCAUGAAAAAGUCGCUACUUUGGAAAGAAAACUUUGUGAGUCCAAACAACAAUGUGAUGAAUACAGCAAGAAGAUUGUGAAUCAAAAUGCAGAUCUUCUUCUUCUCUCCUCGUCAAACGAACGCGUGAAAAUGUUGGAAGUAGAAAAUCAACAGAUGAAAAUCAUUAAAGAGCAACGCGAAAGCGAACUACUUCGACAAAUUCGUCAUUUACAAAACGAUAAAGAAGAACUCCAACGCAAACUCGACGAGCCCAUGACUACCAUCGAAACUCCAUUAAUCGUUGCUGAGAAACGAGCGUUGGAAGAAGAGUUACAUACGCUAAAAAUGUCGUUUUAUGAUCGACGUGAAGCCGAUACGGAAAUCGAAUCGUUCAAACAAACAAUCAAACAAUUAGAAGAGAAACUUGAACAACUCCGAAACGAAUGUCAAGAACUGUACAAACAAAAGCAUGAAUAUGCUGAAGAGCAAAUCUCACUUCGUAAUGAACUUCACGCCCAGUUAGGAAGUUAUGAAAAUAAAUUAAAUUCAUCAUCGAAACUCGUGGAAGAAUACAAACGAGAAAAUGCGAAGAUCAGUGAUGAAUGUAAUCUGCUUCGAAGUGAAAUCAUUUCGUUGAAAAGUAAACUGCAUGGACAAAGUAGUGAACUCAAUUCUGAGAUUGUUAAGUCUUUUGAUCUUCGACAUCAACUCGGUUUACUUAACGAGCAAGUGGCGCUGAAAUCCAGUGAAAUCGUCAAUCUACUAACAAACAUCGAUUCUUUGAAAGUCGAAAUCGAUCAUAUUAAACUUGACCGAGAUAAUGGUCAAACACGUCUAAAUGAUUUACAAAUGCAAUACGACAAAUUAACGAAUACAUGUUCAAUGUAUGAAAUGAAAUUGAACGAGCAAGAAGAACGCGAGACAGAAUUGAAAUUACAAGUCAAACAAGUACGAGAAAUGCAUGAAAAUAUUGUUCAUGAAAAAGUGCGUUCACAAACGGAAUAUACAGACGCUCAAAUGCGAGUAACAAAAGCUGAACAAGCGUUGAAAGAUAAGAUUGAAGAAGUUGAAAAUUUGAAAAAAGCCGCACGAUUGUACAAUCAAGAUAUCAAAGAACUGGAAAAAUACGGUGAAGAUCUACGUGAACAUUACGAAAAAUCCAAAGUUACGCAUAAAAAAACCGAACAAGAAUUGAGUGAACUAAAAGCGACUCAUACGAAGACAUUAUCGGAUUAUGAAGAAUUACAAAAACAAGUGGCACUUCUAAAAACCCGUUGUGGUCAAUUAGAAAGUGAACGUUUACCGUUACUUGCUCAAUUAGAGUUCGCUGAUCGAAAUCUUCGACAAGUGAAAAAACAACAGCAGCAACAACAACAACAACAACAAGCGACAAUGAUGACGAGUACAACUGUUCAUCAUCAACCACCGGCCGUUUUACAACCUAUCGAAAAUAAUAAUAAAUCAGUCUCGCGAUUAGUUCGAUCACCAAGUCUCGACAUGCGCGUCAUGCGUCGUACAACUGAUAAAAUGGAUGAUACUCGUUCAUUGGAUCACGAUGAUUUAGCAUUACUCCUGCAUAAGAGUCAAUCGUACAAUCACUAUGCUUUAAAUGGUCGUUCGACGGAUCAUUUAGCGAAAUAUGAAAUGGAAAAUGAAGAGGAACCGAUUCAUCUCGAUUUAGGUUCAAUCGAUUAUAACCGACGUAUGACAGAAUUACAACGUCGAAAUCUUAGUCAACCAAUGCAUUUACGUACAGCGUAUGCACUUGAAACAUUGGAACACGAUCCCGAAAACUUUUCGGCUAGUUUUAUACGCAAAGGCGGGAUAGCGAAUGAUGAAAAUCUAGCACGGCAAAGAAUUGCUCAUGAAAAUCAAAAAGGAACAGAGACGCCAAAAGCUUCUCGAUUCAAGAAUUUAUUCAAUCGUAAAUAA